GUUGAUAAAUGCUGAUGGUUGGCGUCCUUAACUUUUCCCUAGACCUCCAAGCAAAAUGCAAGAUGUUGGCCACAACUUCAAAAGGGUUUUCUAAGAUUCUCACACAUUUCUCCAUCAUAACAUCUUGUUUUCUAUGCUAUCUAACCACUCCUCUUUAACUCCUUCAUAAAAGCUUCUUUGAACUUUUGGCACCGCUACCUUCACCACCACCACCUCCUCUUCCCCCUAGCAUGACCGCUGCUCGGUUCGUCGCGUUCGUUGUCGCGGCCUCGCUCCUCGCGGCGUCUUGCGAGGUCUCCGGCCAGGCCCCCUCCCCGGGGCCGUCGGCCGACUGCCUCUCCACCCUGCUCAACAUGUCGGACUGCUUGACGUAUGUGGAGAAGGGGAGCAACGUCACCGUGCCGGACAAGGCGUGCUGCCCCGAGCUGGCGGGGAUGGUGGAGAACAGCCCCGUCUGCCUCUGCGAGCUGAUCGGACAGAGCAACAGUUUCGGGAUCGACCUCGACAUGAACCGAGCCCUCAAGCUCCCCUCGGCCUGCGACGUGGUCACUCCGCCUUUGAGCUUGUGUGCAGCCGUUGGCGUCCCAAUUUCUAGUCAAGGACCUGCCGCACCAGGAACCCCAUCAACUAAAAAGGACAGCGGAGCUUCUACCCCGCACGGUGAUCUGUCGACGUUCGUCUUGGCUUUCAGUUUGAAAAUAGUCGUCCUGUCGAUACUCUCUUGAUUUCAUACCAUUCAAAUUUUCAAUCGGUCUCUGUAAUUUCUCCGUCGUCAAAACAAUUACUAUCUCCGACGUGAAAUAAGGUCAUUCGGUUCGCAUUUACA